AUGGGCUCCAUUACCCAAUCAACUCUGCCGUCCGACUUCAUCUGGGGCUUCGCAACCGCCGCCUACCAGAUCGAGGGUGCAGUCAAUGAAGAUGGUCGAGGUCCGUCCAUUUGGGACUCUUUCUGCAAAAUUCCUGGCAAGAUUGCAGGUGGUGGCUCGGGCGAAGUCGCAUGCGACUCAUAUCACCGAACACAUGAGGACAUUGCUUUGUUAAAGCAAUGUGGCGCAAAGGCAUACCGGUUCUCACUGUCAUGGUCCCGCAUCAUCCCUCUCGGUGGCCGCAAUGAUCCAAUCAACGAAAAGGGCCUGGCGUUCUAUAAUACUUUCAUUGACGACUUGCAUGCCGCAGGUAUCAUACCUAUGGUCACACUGUUUCAUUGGGAUCUUCCAGACGAGUUGAACAAGCGUUAUGGUGGAUUCUUGAACAAGGAGGAGUUUGUUGCGGACUUUGCACACUACGCUCGACUGGUCUUCAGGUCAUUCGGCUCCAAGGUCAAGCACUGGAUCACCUUCAACGAGCCGUGGUGCAGCAGUGUACUUGGAUACAAUACUGGCUCAUUUGCCCCGGGCCACACAAGUGACCGUACCAAGAGCGCCGUGGGUGACGGGUCAACCGAGCCCUGGAUUGUCGGCCACAGCCUCCUUGUCGCUCAUGGUGCAGCUGUAAAGAUCUACCGCGAUGAGUUCAAAGCGCAAAAUGGGGGCGAGAUUGGUAUCACCCUGAAUGGCGACUGGGCUGACCCAUGGGAUCCUGAAAAUCCCGCCGACGUCGAAGCAUGUGACCGCAAGAUCGAGUUUGCCAUUUCAUGGUUCGCCGAUCCCAUCUACCAUGGCAAAUACCCCGACAGCAUGAUCAAGCAAUUGGGAGAUCGGUUGCCAGCCUGGACCCCUGAAGACAUUGCCUUGGUUCAUGGAAGCAAUGACUUUUACGGAAUGAAUCACUACUGUGCAAAUUAUAUCCGCGCUAAGACAGGCGAGCCCGAACUCACCGACAUUGCGGGCAACCUGGAACUGCUACUCGAGGACAAAAAUGGGAAUAGCAUCGGUCCAAUUACUCAAUCACCUUGGCUGCGCCCUUGUGCAUUAGGAUUUCGUAAGCUCCUUAAAUGGCUGAGCGAGCGUUACGGGUAUCCGAAAAUCUAUGUGACCGAGAAUGGCACCAGCAUUCUCGGUGAGAACGACAUGCCUCUGGAACAGCUUCUUGAGGACGAGUUCCGGGUACAGUAUUUCCGGGAUUAUAUUGGCGCCAUGGCUGAUGCGUAUACCCUGGAUGGAGUGAACGUCCGGGCAUACAUGGCCUGGAGUCUUAUGGACAAUUUUGAGUGGGCUGAGGGCUAUGAGACCCGUUUUGGUGUUACUUUUGUCGACUAUGAGAACGACCAGAAGAGGAUUCCAAAGAAGAGCGCCAAGAGCAUCAGUGAAAUCUUUGAUCGGUAUAUCGAGAAAGCCUAA